UGGCGGGGCGGUUAUUAUUUGAACAGAAAUUAUAAGCAGGCCCUAGCCAGUCGAACGCCAUGGGCAACGGAUGUUCCAAAUGCUGUCAGUGCAACGAACAUAAACAGAUCAACGGCACGCUGUCCUCGGCCUCGUCCGUCUACAGGAAAAGGAGCCGUGGGGAGAUACCCAUUGAGAACUCCGAUCGCUUUCGGAUAACGCAAACCAGCAAUGCCGUCCAGCUGGCCGUGGAGCACGUGCAGCGGGAGGAUGCCGGGCAUUACACGCUGUUCGCACGAACGAAAAGCAACGAUGUGGUGCGCAGGCACGUCGAACUCAUUGUCGAGGACAGAUCGACCGGAGACGAUCCGCCUGUGUUCCUGCGGCGCCUGGUCGAUCUCUCUGUCAAAGUGGGUACACGAACACGUCUCCUCACCGAAAUACGCAGCUCAACAGAUCUUAAGCUUACAUGGUACAGAAACGACAGGAGAGUGUGUGAGAAUGAUCGAAUUACAGAGAUCAACGAGGGCACGUUUCAUUACCUGGAAGUGAGCCCCGUGACAUUGGAUGAUGGCGGUCAGUGGAUGCUGAUGGCGGAAAAUUUUGGCGGUCGAAACUCGUGUCUGGGCACUAUGAACGUGCUGGUUCCCAAGGCGUACAAGACGCCCGAGUUUGUGGAGGAGCUGCGGGCCGUUCUGACAGAACAGGGAACUGUUUCGCUGGAGUGCAAGGUGGUGGGGGUGCCCACGCCACACUUGCGCUGGUUCAAGGACUCCAAGGAGAUCAAGGCUGGCGAUAUCUUUGCACUGACCGCCAAUGCCGAUGAUCCCACAUCUCUCGGGACGUACACCUGCGAGGCGAGGAACUGCAUGGGCGUCACCUAUUCUAGCUCCAAGGUUCAUGUGGUGGGACGCGGCAGUCGGGAGGGCUCUCUAAAGCCAGCGGACAACGUUUCGAGCAAUGCGCCGCCUCCGAUAUUCACAAACGAACUGCGGGACAUGAGCAUCCACAUCGGCGAGACAAUCAUUCUCGGCUGUCAAGUGGUGGUGCCGCCCUGGCCCAAGAGCGUCAGUUGGUACAACACGGAUGGACGUGUGGAGACCGCCGAGCGAUAUAAACUGAUUGAAGAUGGCCUGGGCGUCUACAUGAUCGAGAUUAAGCCAUCGGAGUCCUGCGAUGCCGGGGAAUGGAAAUGUGUGGUCACCAGCUUUGAGGGAUGUGUGGGCAUCUCCACCUGUGCAGUUAACAUGGACAUUCCCAGAAACUAUCGCAAGCCUCGGUUCAUGGAGAGCCUUCGUGCCGUUCUAACUGAAGAGGGUCUUGUCUCCUUUGAGUGUAAAGUGGUGGGCUUCCCAACGCCAGUGCUCAAAUGGUUCAAGGAUGGCCAUGAAUUGAAGCCUGGUGAUGUUUACCAGCUGACAGGAACCAAUUCCCUGGGGACCUACUGCUGCAUUGCGCGUAACUGCAUGGGAGAGACGAGCAGUACGGCCGUGCUCACUGUGGAGGACAUACAAAAUCAGCUUACCGAUGAGGAGCGCAUGGUAUUCACGCAACAGAACCAGGCACCCAAGUUUCUGACGGGCCUAAAGAGCACCGAUGCCAAAAUCAACGAACCCUUCCAGUUCAAGGUGGUGGUGAAGGCCACCCCGGAUCCCAUACUGUCCUGGUUUCGGGAUGAGCUGCCCAUCGAUCCGAACGACAGAUAUAAUCACUAUCGUGGCGAGAACGAUGACUGCUGGCUGCUGGACAUAAAGGCCGUCGAGUUUGUGGAUCAGGCCGAAUGGAAGUGUGUUGCCGUCAAUGAUUUUGGCACCAGCAUAACGUCUUGCUUCCUUAAGCUUCAGAUACCCCGGCACUAUAAGAAGCCUCGCUUCCUCGAGUGUCUGAGAGCGGUGCUCACCGAGGAGGGAGCCGUAAAUCUCGAGUGCAAGGUCAUUGGCGUGCCCCAGCCGGUGCUCAAGUGGUAUAAGGAUGGUGUGGAACUGAAACCCGGCGAUAUUCAUCGAAUCAUCUCUGGCCAGGAUGGCACUUGCUGCCUGGGCACGUACACAUGCGAGGCCAGGAAUUGCAUGGGUGUCGUCGCCAGCUCUGCAUCGCUGCUGGGCUUUGAGGACGCCCAAAGAAGUCAGAGCCAGGGCCAGAAGAGUGAGCCGCAGCACGAAAACGAGCUGCAGAGGAACUACUCGCUCUCCACAAUUCAAGAGGAGCGCACAUCCCAGAUGUAUGAGACGCCCGUUGGGGACAUAACCAUUGACGAGAAGGGUGAUGUGUCAUUCUCCUUCGAUGGCAAAGAGGUCUCCGUUUCGCUCUACGAAACGCCGGAUCUCACCGAGGAGGAGGCCCUCAAAAUUGUCGAAAUGUAUGCAGAUCAAAUAUCUGAGCACGUGACGGAGCACAAUAUCGUUGAGCUGCCACCGUUGCGCUUUGUCAAGGAGACUUCGCAGUCGGGAAAGCUACUGAUGGAGGCUGUUGUCAUUGAUAUAGCGCCCGAGUAUUUCAGCCAUGAGGAGGAUAUGCGCACCGAGGCGGAUAUGGAUGACAUAUCAAUUACAGAGAUCACAGUGCAUGGGUCGUCCGGAAGAGAAGGAAAACUCGACAAAGAGACGCAGCAAUAUGUGCAAGAAUCCUUUGAGAAAAUGGAGGAGGAACUGUCGCUGUCGGCCCCCAUACGGAAGCGGAAAAAGUCGCGACCCACUGAGACAGAUGAGUUCUUCAGCCUGUCCAAGGCCUCGGCAUCGGGUAGCCAGGAAGGGGAGGAAGAGACAUCGGAUCUGCAGACCUUUGCCAGUGCCCAAAUGUCCACAUCACAGAAGGUGGCCACCCAUUCAGCAUCUCAGGCCAGUCCGGAGCAGGACCCAGAGUCAUUGUCGGCACCAAAGAGGAAAAAGUCCAAGAAGCCAUCAGCCGACAGUGAUUCAUCAAAGACCAAUGAGGAUGAGGCACGGCUGCAGGACAUUUCCGGUGCAGUGGGUGAUGGUCUCUUGGUGACCCCAAAAUCCCACCCAAAAGCAGUCACCGACGAGAGUGAAAUCAAUCGAAAUCUUAUGGCCCUAGUGCCCCUAGCAAAGCUUCUCAAGGUAAUUGAGAAAUAUCUCACGGUAGUGGAGAACGAGGUGGUGGAGCAGUCCACCAUGAUGAUGACGGCGGCUGCCGCAGAUCAGAGCAUUGCAAUCAUCCGUAACAUUAUUGAUCCUAUCAAGCAAAUCGAAUCGAAGCUACGCGUCUACUCUGGCGAGACACAGAUCGAUGGCCUCAUCCAGUCCAUGGACGAGGACAUACGCAAACUCCACAUGGGCUUGCAGGUAAUUGAAAAGUGUGUGGAGAUAGAUGAGACUGGGGCAACGCUCAUACAGCGCACCAGUGUCUGCAUCAUUGACAGCGUAGCAGAUCAAAUGAAGCGGGCCCUGGAAGAGCUGAAAAUCGUCAGCCGACGAUUUGAGUCGGAGUGCCUAAGGGCACAAAUAGAGCUCACCGCCGAUGACAUCCAGCAGGGGCUGGAUAUUACCCAGGGCACCAUUAAGUCGCAGGCACUGCUUCAGGAGGCACAGGAAUUGGAGGCAGCUAAGCAUUUUACCGAAGCCGUCGAGAAGAUGCAGGAUGUGCCCGACUCUGUAUCCUUUGCCACCAUAUCGGAAGCCAAUUUGCCCAGCGAAGCGAGCGCUCUCAAGGAGAUUUGCCAUCCAGUGGCAAGGAUACAAGAGGCACUGGAACGUGUGGAGAUGGAGCUCUCGCUGGAGGACUCGGAGGAGCAGAUCUACAAGAAAGUGCAUCAGAAAGUGCUCGAAAGCAUUGUGGAGCCCAUUAAACAGCUGCAGAGUACCCUGCAGUCCAUCGAAGACAAGACCGAAUCCCUGGCAGGAUCCGAGUCGAUGGAGCAGAAAAUCAAUAUGGCCAUCCUUGAUAUUGUAACGCCGCCGCUGUUCGAGCUCAAUAAGGGACUCGAGGUUAUUCUUAACGAGAAAUCUGACAGUGUGGAGGGAGGCAUGCUUACAGUUAGCACCGUGGAAUCGAUGGUGCCGCCCCUGCAGGAGAUACAGAAUGGCCUGGCGCAGCUAGGACAAGAUCUGGAAAGUGGCCAGGCCGCGAUGACUGAGGUGGCAGAGCAAGACCUCCGAUCCGAGCCCGCACUGGAUGUGGCCGAUACGCAAAAACUCCUGCAGUCGUUUGCCCAGGCUGUUUUACAUUUUGAAACUAACAUUGAGAGGAUUUCGCCUCGCCUCUCGUCGAAUGUGAAAGUCCGCUUGCUAAAUCUGAAGGAUGAGCUAUCGGCAUUGAUUGGCACCAUCCUAGACAGAGAUAUAACCAGGCAUCACGUGGAGCUGCUCGACAGGCUCAAGCGGCCGGUGGAUGAACUCAACUACUGUAUUCGCCAGACAGAGGUCAAGACUAUUUCCGGCUCGUUAGCAGAUCUAAUUGAGCCACUGAGCAUGUUGCAGGAUAAUACCCAGAAGGGCCAUGGCCUGCUACUCAUUGCACGAGAGCCCGAUCAGCAGGCACUGCAAACGCUCGACAACAUUAGAAGCAUCAUUCGCAACGCAAUUAUCGAUAUUGAAGAGCACGAGUUUAAGAUUCUUCAGCAAGAGAUACAGGAGGAUGAACAGCAGGCCUCGCAGCAGCAGGACAAAUCAUUUAGCGCUUUACGGCGAGUGCUCGAGACAAAAGUCUCCCUUGAUGAGGCCAUUAGUAACAUUGAAACACUGCAGGUGGCAUUAAACAAAAUGACUGAAAGCCCCAGAGCCAGUGAUAUUCUCAAGGCAUCCGCAAACGAAGCUCAAGUAUCGCUUUUGCGUAUCCUGCAGAUUGCCAAGGGGCUGGCAACCUUCAGCGAGGCGGAGAGUACUCUCGACGUGAACGAGGCAAACACAUCCAGACUCUUGUUCGAGUGUGGUAAAAGCUUUGCUGACCUGGCCAGAGCCCUUGAUAAUCCAGCAGCUCAGUUGGAAGGUGAUUUCUUAAAUGCCCUUCAUCAUUUUAGCGAACUUGUUGGCCAACAGAAUCAGAGAUCAGACGAGAAACUCAGCAUAGCCGGUCCGCUCACUAGCCUGAUUCAAGUGCUCGAAAGAGUUCACCCUUUGAGGGCAUCUGUGGAAGAUCUAUCGGAAACAUUGGACGAUGUCUCAGUGCUAAAGUCGAUUGCAGAGUCAUUGCCCACGGAGCCCGAAGCAGAGCCCUUAAGCGGCGAGAAACCUAUACCAAAUGUAGGUGCCUUGCUUGCAGACCUAAACCAUGGAAUAGCUUCGGUUUUAUCUUAUUGUGAAGACGUUGAUGUGACUUCUCUAGCUAGCAAUGCUGGCCAGCAGGUCCAUGCAGUGAAAGUCAAGAUGCAGGCACUACAGAACAGCAUCGCUCUGGUGCAGGAGACAAACUUCGUGGAGGCUGCUCAUUCUUUGUCGGAGUCCAGUCAUCAGGGCACUUUUGCCGAGGCCCUCUGCAGCCUGGAGCGCUGUGUCCUGCAUGUGGAGGAGUGUAUUGCCCACAGUGGAGUCGAGAAUAUAAGUGAACUGGAACUUUCAAAACUUAAAACAUUGGCCACACAGCUGCGCGAUGUAAGGGAAUACUGUGAACAGAUCGAUACUCAUGUGUUGGAGCAUGCCAUCGAUUUAUCCACGCAGGACGAUAUCUCGGACCUUAAGACCAGUGGGCAUAAGCAAACCGUUUCGGAUAACAUCCAAGGGGUAGCUGCCGUGGAGGAAGAGCCAAUGGUCGAAUUUUUUAAUAUAAAGCAAGGUGUGGCGAGUGGCAUCAAACAGCUCGAGGCCUGCCUGGAGGUCACCCAGACCGAUGCCAGCAAAGAACUCCAGCAAGUGGGUGAAAUAAUGGAGCAGCUAAAGUCAGAUCUAAAGAGCAUUCAAGCCGCCCUUGUCUCGGACAACGAUCAGCAGGAAACUGUCUUGGCUCAGGCGAAAAUAGCUCGGACCAUGUUCAAAUUGAAGGAGUGUCUAGUGCACACCUACGAAUCGGGACUGGUUGACUCUUUGGAGAAUGUGGAGAGUGCUUUCGAGGACAUACUACUUUCUUUGCCAGUUCUAGAGACACAAUUGGCAGAGGAGAUGUUUGGCAAAAUCGAGCAAGUCUUCAAGAACUUCGUUGUCCAUUGCCAGAGUGCAGAAGCACAGGAGCUUAUCACCCUGAAGGCACCCAUUGGGAAUCUUUUGCAUUCCAUACAAGCUGUAGCCGCUCAACCCAACGUUGAUGUUGAUAAAUCAUCUGCGGUAGUAGUUCAGCUACAGACUAGUCUGAUGGCUGCAUUCAGAAGUCUCAAUGAGGUUAGCGAAGCGGCCAGCAGUGAACUAUUGGGUGACCUGCUAAAAACCCAGACCAGCCUGGUGACCGUAUUUGAUUUCAUUGAGAACAACGAGAACUCGAUUCGAAUCAUAGAACUGUUGCAGGAAAUCGAUUCCAUUACUGGUGACUUGAACACCCUGAACCUGAUUCCAUUUGAACAGACAGUGCCCAUAGACAUUGGAAUGAUAAUCGAAAACGUAUCGUCAGGUAAAGCCUUCCUAACUGAAAUCGAGGAGGGACUGCAAGCCAACAAUCCCCAAAGCAUUCUUUUGCUCGACGAAAACACGGAGGAUAUUGCUCAGUUGGAAGCAACACUAAUUCAAAUAGAGAAAGAAAUUCUUUGUCAGCCUCAACUAACGCAGAUAACCGCACAGCAAUUCACUCUCAUAGAAACCCUGCAGCUGCAACUGAAUAAUCUCAAAGAGAAGCUAACAGAACUGAAUGUUUCACUUGCUGAACUCCAUAAAGAAUCGGAAUCGGCACAGGAAUCAGAAGAGAAAGAGGUCCUUUGGGAAGACACUGAACCCGAAACCAAAAAGCCAAAGGUAAUCGAUGAACCUAUUCCGUCAGCUGAGAAGGAUGUCAGGCAAGAUGAUCAAAAUGUAGAUAGAUAUAGAUAUAUAUCUGAGACUCCUGGACAGAUAUCAGAAGAAGAGGUCAAAGGAAGUGGGAUGCCAGUUGAAGAACUGCAGGCCGAUACUAAAAAAGAAAUUCACACCGGGGAGGAUGCUGACAAGAAGACACAAAAGUCAGAAACUUUGAAGGAAAAGUUCUUGGAUCUAUCCAAGGCACUUGCUCUCAACACAAAUAGCGAGGCAUUGAAAUCAAUUGUGACAGAAAGCCAAGAUAUUAUCGAAAAUAUCAGUGAUGUUGACAAGGUAUCCAAGUCCAUUUUUAAAUUACGAGAACAUAUCGUUCACACCUAUGACGGAAAGCCAGGAAAUGAACAAUAUGAUAAGCAACUCGCGGAAGGGUUUAUCGAAGACCUUCUUGCGGCCUGCCCAGACGCUGCUGAGCAACUAAUUCACAACUAUCUUAAGGAAAUUAAGACAAAUGUAAUUUUAACUAAAGCUUCCAUUCAGCUUAUCGACGAGAGCGACAUGUUCACCAAACCAUCCUUGUUGGUGCCGAAACUAGUUAAUCUGGAAAGGAUUUCUGAGAAAAUUCAGUCUACGCAACAUUUAGAUAAGUCAUCUGAAAAGAUGAUCAGCUUGCAACAGAAUCUAAUGGACAUUUUUAUAAUACUUGAUGACCUACUAGACGAAAAGACGGAAAUCUUAAAGCCAAAGAUUGAUGAAAUUAAGACGAUUUUGCUCGGCGAGUAUGACUAUAUUGAAAAGAAACAAGGAGAUCUUCAUACUGCUAUUGUCCAUGGAAAGAUUCACAAUGUUACGCAGAAGAUGUUGAACAUUUGUGAAGAUCUGAAAGACUUGAUUGGCAAACAAACUCAACAUAAGGAAGCAGAAGAAAUUACAGAGCCUGAACUUCUUACCAAACAGAUAUCCGUAGAAAAGGUGGAAGAUAUCAAGAAACUUGAUGAAGAAUCAAAACUUUCAGAGGCUAAGACUUUGGAGAAACAAUCCAUCCAAGAACAGCAACUGGAUGAUAAGAUGCAGACGCACGCUGAAGAGGAUGCAGACAAGGCCAAGAAAGCUAAACUCUCUGACGUUCUUUCUGAAAAGAUGUCUGAACUCGAAGAGAAAAAACUGGAUGAGAAAACACAAAAGAAAGCUGAGGACUAUGCCAAAAAAAUUACCCAACAGGCAGAAGAUUCUGAGGUUGUUGCUGAAAAGAUACCCGAAGAAAAGGUUGAAGAAAGCAAGAAGGUCGAUGUCAAAGAUUCCAAGGCUACGGCACAGAAAGCAAAGGCUCUGGAGAAGCAACAACUCGAGGAUAAACAACUCGAUGACAAGAAACAGAAACAAACUGAGAAGGAUGCCGAAAAGAUGGUCCAGAAGGCAGAAGAAUCUGAAGUUAUUGCUGAAAAAAUAUCUGAAGAACAGGUAGAAGAAAGCAAGAAGGCCGAUGUCAAGGAUUCCGAGGCUAAGGUACAGAAAGCAAAGGCACUGGAGAAGCAACAACUCGAGGAGAAACAACUGGAUGACAAGAAACACAAGCAAACUGAGAAGGAUGCCGAAAAGAUGGUCCAGAAGGCAGAAGAAUCUGAAGUUAUUGCUGAAAAAAUAUCUGAAGAACAGGUAGAAGAAAGCAAGAAGGCAGAUGUCAAGGAUGCCGAGGCUAAGGUACAGAAAGCAAAGGCACUGGAGAAGCAAGAACUCGAGGAGAAACAACUGGAUGGGAAGAAACAGAAGCAAACUGAGAAGGAUGCCGAAAAGAUGGUCCAGAAGGCAGAAGAAUCUGAGGUUGUUGCUGAAAAAAUAUCUGACGAACAGGUAGAAGAAAGCAAGAAGGCCGAUGUCAAGGAUUCCGAGGCUAUGGCAGGAAAAGCAAAGGCACUGGAGAAGCAAGAACUCGAGGAGAUACAACUGGAUGGGAAGAAACAGAAGCAAACUGAGAAGGAUGCCGAAAAGAUGGUCCAGAAGGCAGAAGAAUCUGAGGUUGUUGCUGAAAAAAUAUCUGACGAACAGGUAGAAGAAAGCAAGAAGGCCGAUGUCAAGGUUGCCGAGGCUAAGGCACAGAAAGAAAAGGCACUGGAGAAGCAAGAACUCGAGGAGAAACAACUGGAUGGGAAGAAACAGAAGCAAACUGAGAAGGAUGCCGAAAAGAUGGUCCAGAAGGCAGAAGAAUCUGAGGUUGUUGCUGAAAAAAUAUCUGACGAACAGGUAGAAGAAAGCAAGAAGGCCGAUGUCAAGGAUUCCGAGGCUAUGGCAGGAAAAGCAAAGGCUCUGGAGAAGCAAGAACUCGAGGAGAAACAACUGGAUGGGAAGAAAAAGAAGCAAACUGAGAAGGAUGCCGAAAAGAUGGUCCAGAAGGCAGAAGAAUCUGAGGUUGUUGCUGAAAAAAUAUCUGACGAACAUGCAGAAGAAAGCAAGAAGGCAGAUGUCAAGGAUGCCGAGGCUAAGGCACAGAAAGGAAAGGCACUGGAGAAGCAAGAACUCGAGGAGAAACAACUGGAUGGGAAGAAACAGAAGCAAACUGAGAAGGAUGCCGAAAAUAUGGUCCAGAAGGCAGAAGAAUCUGAGGUUGUUGCUGAAAAAAUAUCUGACGAACAGGUAGAAGAAAGCAAGAAGGCCGAUGUCAAGGUUGCCGAGGCUAAGGCACAAAAAGAAAAGGCACUGGAGAAGCAAGAACUCGAGGAUAAACAACUGGAUGAGAAGAAAGAGAAGCAAACUGAGAAGGAUGCCGAAAAGAUGGUCCAGAAGGCAGAAGAAUCUGAGGUUGUUGCUGAAAAAAUAUCUGAAGAAAAACUUGAAGAAAGCAAGAAGGCAGAUGUCAAGGAUGCCGAGGCUAAGGCACAGAUAGCAAAGUCUCUGGAGAAGCAAGAACUCGAGGAGAAACAACUGGAUGAGAAGAAACAGAAGCAAACUGAGAAGGGUGCCGAAAAGAUGGUCCAGAAGGCAGAAGAAUCUGAGGUUGUUGCUGAAAAAAUAUCUGAAGAAAAACUUGAAGAAAGCAAGAAGGCAGAUGUCAAGGAUGCCGAGGCUAAGGCACAGAAAGCAAAGGCUCUGGAGAAGCAAGAAAUCGAGGAGAAACAACUGGAUGAGAAGAAACAGAAGCAAACUGAGAAGGAUGCCGAAAAGAUGGUCCAGAAGGCAGAAGGAUCUGAGGUUGUUGCUGAAAAAAUAUCUGAAGAAAAACUUGAAGAAAGCAAGAAGGCAGAUGUCAAGGAUGCCGAGGCUAAGGCACAGAAAGCAAAGGCUCUGGAGAAGCAAGAAAUCGAGGAGAAACAACUGGAUGAGAAGAAACAGAAGCAAACUGAGAAGGAUGCCGAAAAGAUGGUCCAGAAGGCAGAAGGAUCUGAGGUUGUUUCUGAAAAAAUAUCUGAAGAAAAACUUGAAGAAAGCAAAAAGGCAGAUGUCAAGGAUGCCGAGGCUAAGGCACAGAAAGCAAAGUCUUUGGAGAAGCAACAACUCGAGGAGAAACUACUGGAUGACAAGAAACAGAAGCAAACUGAGAAGGAUGCCGAAAAGAUGGUCCAGAAGGCAGAAGGAUCUGAGGUUGUUGCUGAAAAAAUAUCUGAAGAAAAACUUGAAGAAAACAAGAAGGCAGAUGUCAAGGAUGUCGAGGCUAAGGCACAGAUAGCAAAGGCUCUGGAGAAGCAAGAACUCGAGGAGAAACAACUGGAUGACAAGAAACAGAAGCAAACUGAGAAGGAUGCCGAAAAGAUGGCCCAGAAGGCAGAAGGAUCUGAGGUUGUUGCUGAAAAAAUAUCUGAAGAAAAACUUGAAGAAAGCAAGAAGGCUGAUGUCAAGGAUGCCGAGGCUAAGGCACAGAAAGCAACGGCUCUGGAGAAGCAAGAAAUCGAGGAGAAACAACUGGAUGAGAAGAAACGGAAGCAAACUGAGAAGGAUGCCGAAAAGAUGGUCCAGAAGGCAGAAGAAUCUGAGGUUGUUGCUGAAAAAAUAUCUGACGAACAGGUAGAAGAAAUCAAGAAGGCCGAUGUCAAGGUUGCCGAGGCUAAGGCGCAGAAAGAAAAGGCACUGGAAAAGCAAGAACUCGAGGAGAUACAACUGGAUGAGAAGAAAGAGAAGCAAACUGAGAAGGAUGCCGAAAAGAUGGUCCAGAAGGCAGAAGAAUCUGAGGUUGUUGCUGAAAAAAUAUCUGAAGAAAAACUUGAAGAAAGCAAGAAGGCCGAUGUCAAGGAUUCCGAGGCUAAGGCACAGAAAGCAAAGUCUUUGGAGAAGCAACAACUCGAGGAGAAACAACUGGAUGACAAGAAACAGAAGCAAACUGAGAAGGAUGCCGAAAAGAUGGCCCAGAAAGGGGAGGUAUCCGAAGCUCUGACUGAAAAGGUUUCUGACGAACCGACAGAAGAAAUAAUCAAAACUAUUGUUACGGAUCCGACAUCCAAGCCUCAAGGGACAAAGGCUUUGGACAAACAGUCUGUCUCAGCAAAACAACUGAAUGAGAUCAAGCAAAAGCAGGAUGAGAAGGACGUAGAAAAAGCCAAGAAAGCAGACGUUUCUGAAGAACCCCAAGAACAAUCGGUUUUGGAGAGGCAAUUUAACGAGGAACAAGAAGUGGUUGAAAAAAGGCUAAAGCAGCUUAUCGACGAGAGCGACAUGAUCACCAAACCAUCCUUGUUGGUGCCGAAACUAGUUAGUCUGGAAAGGAUUUCUGAGAAAAUUCAGUCUACGCAACAUUUAGAUAAGUCAUCUGAAAAGAUGAUCAGCUUGCAACAGAAUCUAAUGGACAUUUUUAUAAUACUUGAUGACCUACUAGACGAAAAGACGGAAAUCUUAAAGCCAAAGAUUGAUGAAAUUAAGACGAUUUUGCUCGGCGAGUAUGACUAUAUUGAAAAGAAACAAGGAGAUCUUCAUACUGCUAUUGUCCAUGGAAAGAUUCACAAUGUUACGCAGAAGAUGUUGAACAUUUGUGAAGAUCUGAAAGACUUGAUUGGCAAACAAAGUCAACAUAAGGAAGCAGAAGAAAUUACAGAGCCUGAACUUCUUACCAAACAGAUAUCCGUAGAAAAGGUGGAAGAUAUCAAGAAACUUGAUGAAGAAUCAAAACUUUCAGAGGCUAAGACUUUGGAGAAACAAUCCAUCCAAGAACAGCAACUGGAUGAUAAGAUGCAGACGCACGCUGAAGAGGAUGCAGACAAGGCCAAGAAAGCUAAACUCUCUGACGUUCUUUCUGAAAAGAUGUCUGAACUCGAAGAGAAACAACUGGAUGAGAAAACACAAAAGAAAGCUGCGGACUAUGCCAAAAAAAUUACCCAACAGGCAGACGAUUCUGAGGUUGUUGCUGAAAAGAUACCCGAAGAAAAGGUUGAAGAAAGCAAGAAGGUCGAUGUCAAAGAUUCCAAGGCUACGGCACAGAAAGCAAAGGCUCUGGAGAAGCAACAACUCGAGGAUAAACAACUCGAUGACAAGAAACAGAAACAAACUGAGAAGGAUGCCGAAAAGAUGGUCCAGAAGGCAGAAGAAUCUGAAGUUAUUGCUGAAAAAAUAUCUGAAGAACAGGUAGAAGAAAGCAAGAAGGCCGAUGUCAAGGAUUCCGAGGCUAAGGUACAGAAAGCAAAGGCACUGGAGAAGCAACAACUCGAGGAGAAACAACUGGAUGACAAGAAACACAAGCAAACUGAGAAGGAUGCCGAAAAGAUGGUCCAGAAGGCAGAAGAAUCUGAAGUUAUUGCUGAAAAAAUAUCUGAAGAACAGGUAGAAGAAAGCAAGAAGGCAGAUGUCAAGGAUGCCGAGGCUAAGGCACAGAAAGGAAAGGCACUGGAGAAGCAAGAACUCGAGGAGAUACAACUGGAUGGGAAGAAACAGAAGAAAACUGAGAAGGAUGCCGAAAAGAUGGCCCAGAAGGCAGAAGGAUCUGAGGUUGUUGCUGAAAAGAAAUCCAAAGAGGAGGUUGAAGAAAACAAGAAGGCCGAUGUCAAGGUUUCCGAGGCUAAGGCACAGAAAGCAAAGGCUCUGGAGAAGCAACAACUCGAGGAGAAACAACUUGAGGACAAGAAACAGAAGCAAACUGAGAAGGAUGCCGAAAAGAUGUCCCAGGAGGCAGAAGGAUCUGAGGUUGUUGCUGAAAAGAAAUCCAAAGAGGAGGUUGAAAAAAACAAGAAGGCCGAUGUCAAGGAUUCCGAGGCUAUGGCAGGAAAAGCAAAGGCUCUGGAGAAGCAACAACUCGAGGAGAAACAACUUGAGGACAAGAAACAGAAGCAAACUGAGAAGGAUGCCGAAAAGAUGGCCCAGGAGGCAGAAGGAUCUGAGGUUGUUGCUGAAAAGAAAUCCAAAGAGGAGGUUGAAAAAAACAAGAAGGCCGAUGUCAAGGAUUCCGAGGCUAAGGCCCAGAAGGCAGAGGCGUUGGAGAAGCAAGAGCUCGAGGAGAAACAACUGGAUGAGAAGAAGCAGAAACAAACUGAGAAGGAUGCCGAAAAGAUGGUCCAGAAGGCAGAAGAAUCUGAGGUUAUUGCUGAAAAAAUAUCUAAAGAACAGGUAGAAGAAAACAAGAAGGCAGAUGUCAAGGAUUCCAAGGCUAGGUCACAGAAAGCAAAGGCUCUGGAGAAGCAUCAACUUGAGGAGAAACAACUGGAUGAGAAGAAACAGAAGCAAACUGAGAAGGAUGCUGAAAAGAUGGCCCAGAAGGCAGAAGGAUCUGAGGUUGUUGCUGAAAAGAAAUCCAAAGAGGAGGUUGAAAAAAACAAGAAGGCCGAUGUCAAGGAUUCCGAGGCUAAGGCCCAGAAAGCAGAGGCGUUGGAGAAGCAAGAGCUCGAGGAGAAACAACUGGAUGAGAAGAAGCAGAAACAAACUGAGAAGGAUGCCGAAAAGAUGGUCCAGAAGGCAGAAGAAUCUGAGGUUAUUGCUGAAAAAAUAUCUAAAGAACAGGUAGAAGAAAGCAAGAAGGCAGAUGUCAAGGAUUCCAAGGCUAGGUCACAGAAAGCAAAGGCUCUGGAGAAGCAUCAACUUGAGGAGAAACAACUGGAUGAGAAGAAACAGAAGCAAACUGAGAAGGAUGCUGAAAAGAUGGCCCAGAAGGCAGAAGGAUCUGAUGUUGUUGCUGAAAAGAAAUCCAAAGAGGAGGUUGAAAAAAACAAGAAGGCCGAUGUCAAGGAUUCCGAGGCUAAGGCCCAGAAAGCAGAGGCGUUGGAGAAGCAAGAGCUCGAGGAGAAACAACUGGAUGAGAAGAAGCAGAAACAAACUGAGAAGGAUGCCGAAAAGAUGGUCCAGAAGGCAGAAGAAUCUGAGGUUAUUGCUGAAAAAAUAUCUAAAGAACAGGUAGAAGAAAGCAAGAAGGCAGAUGUCAAGGAUUCCAAGGCUAGGUCACAGAAAGCAAAGGCUCUGGAGAAGCAUCAACUUGAGGAGAAACAACUGGAUGAGAAGAAACAGAAGCAAACUGAGAAGGAUGCCGAAAAGAUGGUCCAGAAGGCAGAGGAAUCUGAGGUUAUUGCUGAAAAAACAUCUGAAGAACAGGUUGAAGAAAGCAAGAAAGCGGAUGUUAGGGAUUCCAAGGCUAAGGUACAGAAAGCAAUGGCGUUGGAGAAGCAAAAACUCGAGGAGAAACCACUGGAUGACAAGAAACAGAAGCAAACUGAGAAGGAUGCCGAAAAUACUGUCCAGAAGUCAGAAGAAUCUGAGGUUGUUACUGAAAAGAUGUUCGAAGAAAAGUUAAAAGAAGUCACGAAGACGGAUGCCCCGGAGAAACUGGAUUACAAGAAACAAAAGCCGACUGAGAAGGAAGCCGAACACGACUCUAAGAAAGUGGAAGUAAUCGAGGCCGUUGAGGUGAAGACAUCCGAGAAAGUCUCAAUAGAGACAGCUCAUAGAUCAGAAUCAAGAAAAAUUGUUUCUGAAGACAAUAUUAUUGACGAAAGAAAACCUAGCUCUCAAUGUGAUGUUGAGAGAAAUCAAAGAGUGGAUGAACCUGCUGACGCCAUUAGUACGCGAUCCUAUAAAUCAAUGGACUCGGAGUACAAGGAUAGAAAGGAAUCACGUAGUGCUAAGCGUAAACCCACCGUGGACAUACAGUUAACCAAUCGAAAUACGGCGUCGGGCAGUGAUCUUAAGUUGACCUGCGGGCUAUCUGGACACGAUAUGAGGGUGGAGUGGUUUAAGCAGAACACUCCGAUCGAGAAUGGGGCCAAGUACAGGAAAACAUUGAACGACGGCCUCUCGUGCCUUGAAAUUAAAUCGGCCGAACUAAAUGAUUCUGGCAUCUACCGCUGCAUAGCGUCCAACCAAAAUGGAGAAGUCGAAACUAGCUGUCUUGUGACUAUAUACGAAGCACCUUCGAGCAAAUUUGGCACCCCGCCAAUAUUUACACGCAACAUUCGAGGUCCGAGACCAAUAAAAAUGGGAGAAACGGAUGGAGAUAUCGAGCCACGGGCAUCUGCCGAACCAGAUGCGCCAGCAGCCCAGGACACCUUGCAGGUGCCAACGCAAAAAAAGCGAAAACUCAAAUCACCAACUCCGGGAAGCUUACGCGGACGCAGCUCCACGCCGAUACACGGCCGGAGUCAGACACCGUUCACCCUCUAUAUGACCCGACGCAGUGCCACGCCCUCGACGUGGCGCAGCAUUACGCCGUUCCUGAAUCGCGAGGAGAAGGAGAAGACUCCUUUCGAAUUGGGGCGGGACAUAAAGAGCCAGACCACGUGCAACAUUGCCGUUUUCGAUCGCGCCCUCGUCAUGGAUAUCUCCGAGCCGUUGGAUGUGCAGAAGCCCGUGCGUUACAUAACAUCUGACUUGUCGGUAAUCGAUCGCGCUGCCGUAAUGGAUGUGUCCAACGUUGAGGUUAUCUACGUCGUGGAAGAGUACGAAGAGUUCGAUGAGGAGGAGAUCCUCGAGGAGGUGAAGCCCAAGAAGAAGGAGAAGAAGGCCAGGAAGCCCCGUGUCGCGCGCAAGUCCGUCGACAUGACAUCGGACAGCGAAGAUAUUGUUGACGGCCUCGAUGAUCGGGAGGACAGUUUGGAUCUCGACGAUGACGAGCCCGUCAAGAAGGGCAAGAAGAAGGCUCCUCCCAAGAAGAAGGAGAAGAAGGAGAAGUCACCCAGUCCGAAAUUGAGCUUGAAGCUAGAGAUUGGCGGCGGCCAGAAGGCUAGCAAGAAGAUGUUCGAGCAGCAGCAGCAGGCGGGACCCAAGCCACCGCCAAAGAAGAGCAAGAUGGUGCUCCAAAUGGAGGAGCAGGCCAAGGCGGCUGCCAAGGCCGCCGAAGAGGAGGCCAACCGGGCGAAGCCUAAGGGCGAGACCUUUGAGGAGCGGCAGAAACAUCUCGCCGAAGAAGAGGAGGACGUAGUGGUCGACUUGAAGAAAGAGAAACGUCGUGGCAGCGACUCCUCCGAUGACUUCGUUCGUCCCGAUCCCCACGAGGAGGAGCGCUGGCAGCGCAUCGCCGCCAUCGAGGGCGAGGAGUUCAUGCAGCAGAUGCGCAAGUACAGCAUGGCCAAGCGCAUCAGCGAAAAGGAGCGCGACGCCGACUGGCAGAAUCGCCGGGAGCAGGGUCGCCGGCCCAAGUUUAUAAAUUUCCUCUCUGAUCGCACGGUCGAGUGCGGCCAGAGUGUGCGCCUGGCCUGUGCCGUUGAUGGCCCCGAGCUAUCAGCCAAGUGGUUCAAGGACCGCCGGCAGCUUGAGCGCGAUGGUUGCCAUCGCAUCUCGAACAACAACAAUAUCCUUGUCCUAGAGGUGCUCAACACAAACAUCCUGGACUCUGGCGAGUAUUCGUGCGUGAUUUCGAACCAGAACGACGAGGUGACCUCCUCGUGCAUUGUCACCGUCUACGAGGUGUUUAAGGAUGAACCGAAACCACCCACCAUUCAGUAUAUCAAAGAGUACUAUCAUUUGCGCGACGAUGAGCUGACCAUCGAGUGCCAUGUCCAUGGUGUGCCCCGACCGGUCAUCACAUGGUGGCGCGGUGCCUUCCAGGUGAAGCCUAGCUACAAGUUCACCAUGCUGGAGGAGGCGCACGGUGUCUGCAAGCUGCUGAUCUAUAAGCCCGGCAACAAGGACGGCGGUAUCUACACUCUGAAGGCUAUCAAUUCCAUCGGCGAGGUUCAGAUCAAUCACACUGUGGAGGUGGCCAAGAAUCUGCACUACCAUGUCCCGGGCAUCUUCCAUGCCCGCGACAGGAUCCAGCUGGACAGCUUGAAGCAUGCCAAGAGGCAAAUGGAUGCGGCCCUCAAGUCCAUGGCCGAGUCGGAUCAGAGGCGUGCCGAGGCGGAGGCCGAACAGGCGCGCCUCCGACCAGUGCGUCCCUCCCCAGAGCCACUGGUCCCUGCUAAGCAGAAGCUCUCGUUUGCCACUCAGCUUCGUGAUCGCAUGGCUCUUGAGGGGUCCACCAUUAAGUUUGUGGCCACUGUCAUUGGACCCUCGCCCAGCACCCGCUGGAUGAAGGACGACAAGUGGGUGGUGGUUGGUGGCAACAUCAAGAACCUGUCGGAGGAGGGCAAAGCAAUUCUAGCGAUCGAGAAUGCCACCACUGCCGACUCGGGCGUCUACAAGUGCGUGGCCAAGAACGAACUCAGCGAAAUCGAAACCUCUUGCUACUUCAAAGUGUAUGCGGCACAAACCGAUGGCGACGAAUCGGAGCCCAUAUUCGCCCUGCCCCUGCGAGUGUUCUGGUUACACGACUGCUAUAUGUGCUAUAUGUGUGUGUGA